GAAGUUUUUGUGUUGUUUGUCAUUAAAAAUCGGUUCCAAUAUCUAAAUCAAUGUGUUGUCUUUAAACAUUCAAUUUUGGAAAUAACAAAUAAAAAGUGCAUUUCAAAAUAAACGUCUCAAUAAAAAAAAUCCAAAACAACAAUUUAAAUGAUUGGACCAUUUGAAAUGUAGCAUUCAAAAACAUACGUUAAACAAACGAAUUGAAUUGUGGUGUACAUGAAAAAAGAAUUUAAAAAAAAAAAUCGAAAUUAAGAAAAUAAAAAUAGGAUAUUUGAAAUCGAUUUGUCUGUGUACCCAUUUGUAUUAAACAUUCAUGCCAUGAAAUGAAAAUAGAGCAAGAACACAUCUUCAACAAUUAAAUCAUAUCCAUUUCAAUUUCUUUUUUGUUCGCUGCUGGUAUACAAUCACAUUAAAUCUUGAAUGUCUUUGAGUGAACGGUUUGUGUCAUCUUCGCGGAAAAUCGAUUUUCAUUUGGGUUGUUAUUCAAUUUCUAAUGAAUGAACACUGAAUUGGAUAGGGAUUAAAGAGACAAAUCGACCGAAUUCCAAUCAAACGAUUUUUCAUCGAAAUGUCACCGUCUUCGUCAUCAUUAGCGCUUCAAAUAUUGUAUUGCAGUUUCAACUGAUGAUUAUUGUCAUUUACAAAAACUCCUACGCAUAGAAAUAAUCUUCUUGAGUAUGAAUUAUACGUGAAUAGGGUGUUUAUGACAACGUACUUAAACAACAACAACAAAAAUUUCCACUUACAUCACGUGAAAAUAAAAGAAGCCUUGAUCUUUAUAGACUCUUGAUAUGAUAUAAUUUUCAACAUGAAAGUGGAAUUCAAAAAGAAUCGAUUCGUGUGAUUUGUAGCAGAAAAAUAGUGAACAGAAGAAGAAAAAAAUCGAAUGAAAAAGAAGAAAAAUAUUUAUGUGUGCAUGAGAAAAGAAAAUGUGGAGAAAAAUGGCGAGUUAAACACUGGAAAAUAUUAGGUGCGUGUAAAUCACACACGGAACUUGUGAUUUUAAUUUAACAUCGAAAUAAUUGUAACAACAACAAGAAGUGAACUAAACUAUGGACAAAAGGUUUUUAAAAUACUUUUAUAAUUAAUUCUAACGGGAUAGAGAUAAAGAGAGAAAACCAAGUGCUCGUAGUGCAAAGUGAAUCUGAUGUGUGUGUGUGCGCGACGCUCAAUUAAGUGCACACACAAAUUUUAGAAAAAAUAAAAAACAAAACAACAACCGCAAAAAGUACGAAAAACAAAUUCAGACAUCGGUAGUGGAUUUUAUUCUACCAAUCACAAUUUAUUACACACUCACAUACAUCGAUCAUGGAUAAAGAGAAUGGAAGCGGUGGCGGUAGUAGUAAACAUAAAAGUAGCAGUAACAGUAGCCGACAACCAACGAUCGAUGUAAACGACCCAAGUUCAUUAUUAAAUGCUGCUUCAUUAUUUGCUUAUUGGGGUCGCGAUCCCUCGGCAGCUACCGCAAACCCAUUAUUUGGAACACCAUUUGGAGCUGGCCUUGGCAUGCUACCAACGGGUGCUUCAAACGCAAAUGACAGAUUCACAAUGGGGCAUCAGCAACAACAGCAACAACAGGCACAACAACAACAAAAUGCAACAAUGAAUGCGGCUGCAUCGCAGGCAGCCAGUUUAGCCGGUCUGCAUCCUGCAAGUUGGUGGUCGAUGGCACAAUUGGCUGCACAAGACUAUUUUACACGACUUCAGGCAUCUGGACUGUCGCCAUUUCCCCAUCCAGACUUGGCGGCUGCAUUUCCCGGUAUGGCUGGCAUGGCGGGUGCAUCAAAUAGUGCCGGUUCAACGUCAUCGAGCAAUUCACGACAAAACAAUGGCGAUUCAAAGGGCAAAGGUCGCAAAGAGAAGAAAUCAAACAGCAACAACAAUAACAGUGGACACAAUAGCAGUUCAAUCAAUAACAGUAGCAGUGGGGGAUUGAAUAUGAAUGUCGGCACCUCAUCAUCGUCUCCAUCAUCAUAUAAGUCGUCGUCAUACAAGUCAUCAUCGAAUCAGUACAACUCAGCUGCUCUACAUAAAGAACUGUUGGCAAUGCAAGCUGCCGCCGUAGCUGCUGGUGGUUUGGGUGCACACAGUUCGUCUUCAUCAUCGAAAAAAUCGAGUCAAACAAAUAGUAAACAUUCAGCUUCGUCAUCGGCGGCCGCAUCCAAUUUUUCGCUGGGGUUUGGUGGCACAUCGAUGGCAAACCAUUCCACAUCGUCCACCACAUCAUCUCCACAUCAUUCUAGUUUAUCCAAAGAAUCAUCACGAUCAAAUAAUAAUACCAGCAACAGUAAUAGUGCCGCAACAGCCGCAACUCUUAAUGCUCUCAAUUCAUUGUCACAGUUUGGUAGUUUAAGCUCAUUGAGUUCACCGCAAAGUAUGCAAGCAGCUAUAAAUGCGUUGGCCGCAACAAGCGGCGUAAAUCCUUCACCGUCCGGUUCAUCAUCGAAAGGAAAAGACUAUAUGCCAUCUGGGAUUCUAAGUGCUGCACUUGAAGGAACUGACCCGUCGUCGUUACUUGGAGUUCGCUUACCACCAGAUACGGAAAUAAUUAAGUAUACAUCGUCAAUUGUUGGGCCAAAAAAUCCAGGUACAACCAAUCGAGGUAGAAAGAAGACAAUUUCGCUUGAUCCAAAUCCACUUUUAGCAACUUUACAAGGAUUGUCUAGUAUGGGCGUUAGCCCAGCAAAACGGGCAUGCCUUGAGGCCGAAUAUGUUGCGAGUGUACAAAAUGCUGUGGCUCGACAACAAUUACAACAACAACAGCAACAGCAACAGCAACAAUCGCACCAAAAUAAUGAUCGCGUUGAAGUGAUCAAAUUGCCUCCAACAAUCACAUCGAAUGGUGCAUAUAAUUUAUCGAAAUCAGGGACAACAAAAGACUCGUCGGCCGAAUCGAAUGAAUGGGCUGGUAUGAAUUUCAGUAGCAAAGUAUCGAAUGCGUCAAGCACUGACGAAGGUGACGCACCGCUAAAUCUUUGUAUGAAAUCAUCAUCCGAUUCAUCAUCGAAAACGGCCGACUUAUCCACAUCAAAUACCGGUAACAGCUUGCAAAGUCUAAGCUCAAUAACAGCUGCACUUGGAUCAGGCGGUGGAAACGAUAGAAUGCUGAAUUACAAGGAAAGUCGACCGAGAAAUUUGGGUCGUGGCGUUUCAAAGCCGAAGAAAAAUACGGUGGCCUCAUUGUUAGCACAAAGCCGAGCGGUUGGUUUAAAGCCAAUGCUUUCAACACAGCAACUGCUUAGCCAAGGAGCUGAUUUGGAAAAAAUUCGACAAGCAAUAGCCGAUAAUUUGGCCAUGGAUGUUUCAACUGAUUCCGAAAGCGUGGCCGACACAAGUGGAUUAUCGGAUUCUGAUACUGAAGAACCAUCCUCAAAUCUAAGUGAUUUGCGUGUUCCAUUGGAGAAGGGUUGGAAACGUGAAACCAUCAUUCGUGGUCUUACAAAGAAUGGUCAGAUUAGAGGCGACGUAUUUUACUAUGCACCCGGCAAUUCUACCACGAAACUUAAACACAUUGGCCAAAUUCAAACGAUUCUCGAUCAAACCCAAUCGAAAUUGAGCCGUGACAAUUUUAGUUUUUCGGCCAAAGCAAUUGUUGGUGCAUUUUUGCAGCCAGCACCAGCACCAUAUGCAACGGAUGGUGAAUUCAUUCGCAUGACCGAUACCGAAGUAGCAAAACGCCUAGAGGAAUUGAAAAUGUUCACACGACAAACAUUAAAUGUUGAGCAACGCAUUGAAAUCGCAAGACAACAGCAAGCAAUUCGUGAAGCAAAAAAAUUGGCCAAAGAAGAAUUGGCAAAGAGCAAAGAGAAGGCAAGACAUGCCCGUGAACUCGAAAAGAAUGAACGACUUGAAGCACAACGAAAAGAACGUGAACUGCGAAACCAACAAGCAGCUGAGGCUCGACGAAAGAAACAAGAAGAAUUGGAGAAGGCAAAACAGGAAGAACUUUUACGGAAACAACAGGAAAAAGAAAGAAAGAGACAAGAAGCGCUGGUUCAGAAAGAACAGGAGCUUGCCAAGCAAAAGGAAUUGAUGUACAAAGUUGAAAUGGAGCGUGAACGUAGGCGACAACAUUUAACACUCAUUCAACAAUUGGACGGUCGACGUCAAUUUGAAGAACGUGAAAAGAAAAAACAUCAAAUGGUAUUAGAUAAAUUGAUAAUUCGCGAUCGAAAGCUAUCAGCGCGUAAGCGUGAUGCUGAACUAUUGGCCGAACUGCGAAAGCCGCAAGAAGACUCUGAAAUAAUCAAUCAAAAAGAAUUUCCAGCUUUGGAACGUUUGCCGGGCUUGAAAUUGACAGGAAAAGCCUUGGCAGAUUUGCUAAUGGUCUUUGAAUUUUUGCAUAACUUUGGUGAAACGCUUGGAUUUGAUAUGGAAUCGUUGCCUUCGUUACAAAGUUUGCAUCAGGCACUAACAAGUGAAGAUGCACUUGAAGCGGAAGAAGAACUGUUGUCAAUCAUUUCACAUUUGUUAGUGUGUGCAAUUGAAGAUCCCGGUGUUCCAAAUCCGGUUCGACACACAACCCUAUUGGGACAAUCAUUGCGUACGGCCGACAUCACAAACUCAAAUAUUUCGGAAAUAUUGCGAAUAUAUUUGUACGCAGUUGCAACGGGUGAGGUGCGAACAUUAAACGGUGUGACAUUGGAUCGUGAGCGUGAACGUCGCAUAGCCGAUCACCAUCAGCUCGAUUCGGAGCAAAUGCUCACAUCGGGCAAAAAUCAAGCAUACUAUGAGGCAUUACAACAAAAUCAAACCUGGAAAUUGUCAGAGUGUUUGAAAGACAAGCCAUUUGUAUCACUGAAUCCAACCGUGAAAACGGAAAUUUUGGCGCAUCUUUGUAAUGAUUUGCUUAUGAACAAAGCGGUUGCACGUCAAAUUGAAACUAGCUUGGAAUCGGUGGCGCAACACAAACGAGAUCGUUACGCAAUCGAAAAUCGUGUACGUAAAUACAAGCAUUUGCAUUCCCGUAAAGUGCGAAUGGAACAAUUUGAGAAGCAACAACAAAUUGCACGACAAAUUCAAGCACAGCAAUUGGCUCAAGCACAGGCGGCAGCCGCAUCAGCAAACACAUCAAAUACCGAACAAAGUACCGAUGGUGAUUGCGAAUCGAAUGCAAAAACCCCAAACAUCGACAAUGCUAAUGACAGUGUUGAAAAAAUGGAAACAAACUUAUUGAAAACACCAUCAAAUCUAACAAACGCAUCAAGCGUCGACAAUUUAACAGAUGUGUCUGAUCUGAAUAAUCACAAAGAAGACUCAAUGCAAAGUACUGAUGUGGCGAUGAAUGCAAAAUCAGCCGAUGACAACGAUGCCAAAACAAAAUUGGACGAGUCCAAAUUAACGGUCAAAAUCGAUGCAACACCCAAUUCCGAUACGAGCAGAGUGUUGAAUAACGGUGCCACAACGCCGGACAUAAGCAACUUGUUGAAUAAGAAAAUCAAUAGUCGCGAUGUAACGGCUGAUGGAUCAACCACCGACGGCGGUAAUUUAGAUGAAGAAAUUAGUGAUAUUGAAAGUGAAGGAACGUGUUUAGAAGAAGAUGAAGAUUCACGCAUGACAGCCGAUGAAGUGCACAAGAAAUUGGAGAAAAUCUUAAAAUCGGCCAAUCAAAAUAAAACGCUCAUCGAACAAAGCAGCAAUUCGUUACGAGCCACCUGCUACGGUCAAGAUCGAUUCUGGAGAAGAUAUUGGCAUUUACCGAGAGCCGGCGGUGUUUUUGUUGAAGGACUCGAGGCGGCUCAACCAGAACUGUUAAAGUAUAUGGCUAAACUGGAAGAGUUGUAUAAGGCUGAAAAGACGAAAAAUAAAGCAAAUGUCAACGAUACCGAAAAUAAGAAACGUGGCAAAAAGAGAAAACUAUCACUUACAGAUGAACCAGAUUUAAUGCCAGUACCCAAAAGUAAUGAUCCCGAAACCAGAUCAUCGGUUGAUUCGAUAAAUAUUGAUUCGACAAAUCCGACCAAACCAGUGGAUAACGAAUCGGUGAACAUAGUAGAAGAUAAAGUACAAUCGAUGGAAAUAAACAGUAGUCCAAAAGCGACCGACAAUGGUUGCGAAACAAAUAACGAAAUAACCGACAAUUACAACGAUAACACAGCCACCACUAAGGAAUUGGAUGCAGCAAAAGAAGAUGCUGAUAUGCUAGAUAUCGAGGAUUCAAUUCCAAAAGCAAUUCUUGUACAAAAAGCAAACGAAAUCGAUAAAGCCGUUGGCACUGACAUAUCGGCGACAACGGGCACUCAGCUAAAUAAUCACAGCGACGAAAAUGAAGGCGAGAAAGCUUCCGACGAUGCAAAUGAUACGCACAACGCAGACUGUGAUAACAAACCAAAUGCGGAAAAUGGAAGCGUUGCCAAUGCUGACAUUUUCGAGCGAAAACCUGUAGUUCCAAUCAUUGAUCUCGAUGCAAAUGAAAAUACAUCCGGUGAUGAAAAUGUUGUCGCAAAUGCGAUCGAUGCACAAAUCAAAACCGAACCAAUGGACGGCAUCGCUCAAAUCAAAAUGGAAAUCAAAAACGAAUACACCGAAGAAGAGUUAAUGAAACGCGAAGAACCCGAAAUACUCGAAAAAUGGUUUUCAAUUGCAAAUCGUGAAAUUCAAUUGAGCUCAAUGGAAACACAAAUUCCACUGUCCGCGCAAGCUGAAUACUCAAAUAUCACAUGCGAAAUGAUUUUAUCAUGUCAAGGAAAUCGAUGGGAUAUCGGAAAUAAUGCUUAUUACUUUCACGUUCCAGUUGAAAACUCAACAAAUCUACAAAUCAAUCGAGAAUCAGUGUUGACACAGUCCGGAAUUGAUGACAAACUGAUUGAAAAAGUGAUGAUCGGCCAGUAUACGAUACCAUCGAAAAAUGAAUCAGUUGAGUCAGAGGCAAACGAGGACAUUGACGAUGAUGAAAAAAAGUGUGUUGAACUUAUGAAAUUAGAGCCUGAAACGCAGCCAUUUCAAUUACCAUCAUUUUUGAAUACGUCAUUUGCAAAUCUAAGCGCAUUUGUACAAUGUGAUAACACAUGCCCAUUACAAAUGACGCCCGACGAACAGAAAAUGCUGGAAGAUAUCAAAGUGAAUGGUUUUCCAAAACAUCUCGAAUCGAAUUAUGUGCCAAAGGAAUUGUGUCACGGUUGGUGGAAAAUUAACGAUUUGGAUACAUUAAAUGAAGUGAUUCAGUGUUUGCAUGUGAAAGGAGUGCGCGAACGGGAGCUUCGCAUCAAUUUGUUGCAAGCAUUAACUGAAAAUAUUGACCUAUCAACACCAUGUCAUGUGGCUAAUUUGCGAUCACCACCACCGGCUAAAGGAUACAUUGAUCCCGAACCGAUGAAUGCGUGGAAUCCGCAAAUUGCUCGACGUGUCGAACUCUCAUUACUCGAUCAAGUCGAAUCGCUUGAGGAUAAAAUUGCCGGUGCAUCAAUGCAAGUGAAAGGAUGGACAGCACCAGCACGGGAUCCAGAAAGUGAAAAUGAAUUAGAUCUCAUUACCGGCAUCACCAUGAUUCGUGAUCGUAUCUUGAGUCUUGAAGCAGCGAUUGAAAGACGCUAUUUGAAACCACCGUUAGGUACAAGCACAGCCGAUGCAAAUAUUGCCGCAAUUACCACACAAAGUGUCACAUUGUCAAGCACUCGCGAAAUCACGACGACCAUUCAAACAACGGGCACAACAACAACUGUAAUCAGUUCGAGCAGCAGUAUUGCACAGAACAAUAAUGACGAUCAAAAUUCAAGCUCCGGAUCUGUGGCCACCACUCCAGAACGUGAAGUAUUACCAAAAGGUUUGAAUUCGUGGCGCGAAGCUGUCUCUCGAUCACAUACAGCCGCUCAAUUGGCAAUGGCACUUUACGUAUUGGAAUCAUGCGUAGCGUGGGACAAAAGCAUAAUGAAAGCUGCCAAUAUGAAUGGGUCUAAUCAAACAGAACGUUACUUACAGAAUUGCCAGUUUUGUUCUUCCGGCGAAAAUGAAGAUAAACUAUUGCUGUGUGACGGAUGCGAUAAAGGCUAUCACACGUAUUGCUUUAAACCAAAAAUGGUCAACAUUCCCGACGGUGAUUGGUAUUGUUAUGAAUGUGUAAAUAAAGCAACAAAUGAACGUAAAUGUAUUGUGUGCGGAGGUCAUCGACCGCCGCCACUUGGAAAAAUGGUUUAUUGUGAAUUGUGCCCGCGUGCCUACCAUCACGAUUGCUAUAUACCGCCAUUGAUCAAAGUGCCACGGGGUAAAUGGUAUUGUCAUGGAUGCGCUUCAAAGGCACCGCCGCCAAAACGUCGUGGACCAUCGAAAAAAGCGAAGGAAAAGGAUUCAAAAGACAAGGAUUCAAAAGAUGGCAAGGAGCCAAAGGAAUCGAAGAAAGAUAAAAAAUCGAAUGAAGCGCAUCGAGAAAACUCAAAUUCGAAUAGCGCAUCGGAGACAAAUUCCAUUGAUCAAACCAUUCAUAAUUCAAAUGUACCUGCUGCCACUUCGCAUACAACAAAAACAAAUGAAACCAUGCAGUCGAGUCCAAAAAGUUCAGCAGCAGCUUCCACCUCAUUCGACGAUCAAAAUCAAUCUGAAACAAUGAAUAGCACUGAAAAUACCGUAUUUGAUAAUUCCAUGAAUGAUUCACAAGCCCAAGAUUCAUCACGGGUUGCAUCGCCGGAUCGUACAUCCACACCGGCACCAAGUAUUGAUUCAAAUGAUCAAAAUCAUUGCAUUAAUGAGCUACGACCGCCACCAACCCCAUCGCCCGGACGGGAAAAAUCUCCGUCAUGGGAACAACAGCAAAUAAAUACAAAUUCCAAUUCGGCCGAUAACGAUGCAAUCGAUUCAGAGAGAAAUUUCAACGAAUCCGCAGUUCGUUCAAAUGACGGCAGCAAACAUCACAAACAAGAUAAGAAAGAACGCAGUGCUGCAAAAAAGCUUAUGAAAGAACUGGCAUCGUGUAAAACAAUGUUAGAAGAGAUGGAAUUGCACGAAGAGUCAUGGCCAUUUUUACUGCCAGUCAAUACAAAACAGUUUCCCACUUACAAAAAAAUCAUCAAGCAUCCCAUGGAUCUGUCAACAAUCAAAAAACGAAUCCAAGACAUGCAUUAUAAAUCACGAGACGAUUUCAUAGCCGACGUCCGUUUAAUAUUUGAUAAUUGUGAAAUGUUUAAUGAAGACGAUUCGCCGGUUGGAAAAGCAGGUCAUUCACUUCGUAAAUUUUUCGAGGCACGUUGGGUCGACUUGACCGACAAACAUUCAUGAUACCAUUUAUUUCAAACAAAGUAUCCAAACAACAACUAGCUGCUGAAUAAUAAAACAAAUAUAUAUGCAUCUCAUACGAAAAAUUGUGCCGUCGUGCAUCAAUUGUGUUGACGAUCGAAAAAUUGACAAUUUUAUGUAAAAAGUGAAUAAAUUAAAUUGUAAUUAUUUUAUUGAUAUAAAUUAUUAUUUUUUUUUGUUACAUAAAUUUCCUUUUUUUUGCGACGAUAAACAAACAAACAAUCGAACGAAAAAAAAAGUAUACAAAAAUUGUACUUAACUUGCUAUGUCUGAGAGUAGAAAAUGUCUGUAAACUCAAUUGAAAUAAGCCUACCUGGUCUGCUUUGAUUAUCGUCGUGCUGGCUAAAACUACUUAAGAAAAAUUAAGAAAAAAAAAACAAUCAAAUACGAAAAAAAUGAGAAUUAAAUGUGUCACAAUAUUGUGUUGCUCAUUUUUUUCUUCAUUUAAAUCACAUUUUGACAGCUGUAAAGAAAUUAGUUUUGUGUUCAAAUUUAAGCGGUUGAUUUUAAGUUAGAAUUUUGUUUAUUGUGAAUGAUUUGAUUUAAAUAUGUUUGAUUUUUAUAUGAAUCUAAUAAAAAAAUAUAUCUAAUUAUGGAGCAUAGACAUGCAGCAAAAAAAAUUAAAGAAUGUCUUAAACACAAAUUAAAGAUAAAACAACAGUAUUAUUCCAGAGUAGAAAUAGAAAGCGCGCAAUAUGUUGACUAAACGUUGGAAGAGAGAAAACUAUUCAGCACGAAAAAACAAACGAAAUCAAAUUGAAAUAUUACCAAUUUGAGUUGAGCUAUGUCUCAAUAGUUGACCAGAGAACUAAAAAUGCCAUGACAUUUUUUUUGAGAUAAAAGAUUAAAUGUUUUCUCUUCUGUUUUUCUGUUUUGUAACGCGAAAUAUUUGCCGUGUAACGUGUAACAGAUGACUACAGGGUGUAUUUUUGCAGUUUAAUUUUUAAAUGAAGAGCAAAGAAACAAUUUGAAAAGAUAAAAUAUUAAAUAAAAUUAAAUAAAAAAAAAAUAUGUUCGCCUCGAAAAAUAUUUUUUUUUUUUUAGUCAUGCGAUCAUAUUAUGUAGGCUUAUGGAAUUAUUAAAGAACAAAAAUUAGAAUGAGAUUCAUUCCCAAUUCAAAAUUUAUGUAAAUGUCGUGCAAAAUAUUUCAAAAUGAGGUAUAACGUGUGUAGCCAAUUGGCGUUCACAUCAAGCAUAGGUUAUAUUUUCAAUAACAUGAUGAAUAUUUAGUAAUUUAACAAAUUAGAGUUCAUGCAUAGACCGAAACAAACACAUAUAAAUAGUGUAUCAAACAAACAUCAUAUGAUUAUAGUAUAAUAUUUUUAUUUUAGUAACAAAUGAAAAAAAAACACACACAAAGCAUAAUAACUGCCUAAAUGACGAACAAAUGAUAUAAUAUGAUACAAUUACGAAUGAUUAGCGCAAGCAGAAAAAUAAACACAAGUACACCGUUACAUUGCAGUAAAUUAAAUUAAAUAAAAAAAAAACAACCCACAACAACAAACAAAAACUUAGAAAAAGAAU